AUGUCAAGCUCUCAGAAUUCCGCUUCGGUGCUCGUCCAACACUCUCCUCCCCCACCUCAUACCUUCACCUCGCCAUACAAUCUGGAACAAGAGCCUCAACACCUCAUCCAGCCCCCCAUUGUUCCCGAACCUCUGCCAUACGAACCAGUCCGGUCUAACUCUCCGCAGCCUGAGACCGAACAACCCUCAUCUACUCCUGAGAUGCCUGAUACCCCGAUGGUCGAUGCACCCGCCCCUGCUCCUACAGAGUCUGAGCCUCAGCCACUGUCAGAAACCGAACAAGACCAAGUGCCCGUCGCCGGGGAGGAGCCGCAACCAUCCGCUGAAGACGAUGUGGCUCCUGAACCAGCAGCCGUCCCCUCGGAGCCGCAAAGUACGGUAGUAGCAGAGGUCCCUAGCCAAGAUAUCGAGAUACUACCACCGCCACCACCCGAUCCGCGGAAGGGUCCUCCGGAUUGGGUUCUGUACGAGGAGGAUGUGUCAAAGCCGACACCGGAGGAGGAGGAAGAGCUGAAACUGAGAGAGAGCAGAGGAACAGAACUGAGUGCGUUGGAUGUGCCCAGCGUGGAGAAGCGCAUCUACUCAGACGUGGACGACCCAGACAUGCGGCCAGUCAAGAAAUUACGUCUGAGUUGGAUUAUAAAAGGGGUCCGAGGGACACAAGACAAGCCGAACUAUGCAAGAGUCAUGAUCUCGCCUCCUGCUCUCGUCGACGGGACAUACUGGCAGAUCAAAUUCUACCCGCGCGGCAACAGAGCCUCGUCCUAUAGCGCUUAUAUCAGAUGCAGCAAGAGACCACCCGACACAGAACGUGAAAUUCGCGGUACCAGCUUUUCCGUCUUUGAGGGUCCACCCGACGCGAACUUUGGUCCUGGGGCUGUGCCGAGUCAGACCUUGAGGGUCGAACCGGCUGCGAGCAAAAUCGAACGGUCCUCUUCGACUUCGUCCGCCACUUCCAGCGCCUCCCAGAAACAGGACAGCCCUGCAACGCCUGAAGCGGUGAAUCCGGAUGAGUCUGACAGCCAGAAUGAGCAGGUGCACGAGGCUCAAAUUGCUCAAGCGACGGAAGAAGACUGGCGAGUGUCUGCUCAGCUCGGGGUAGUCAUGUACAACCCUGAAGAGCCACGUACAUGCGCAUACACGACCAGCGAACACCAGUUCUCCAGGCAUACCGACGACUGGGGCUGGUCCAAUGUUGUCGGACCGUGGAAAACCACACACAUGCGCCAGCACUUGCAACGAGCCCCGCUUCUCCAGAACGACACAAUUGCCAUUGAUGCCUACAUCCGCAUCUUUGACGAUCCAACAAAAGCUCUGUGGUGGCGCAGCUCCGAUGGCGAGCCACACUGGGACUCGAAAACACUUGCGGGCUACUUCCCCAUGGGGACUCCUCCUCUCUACCACAGCCCUGCUGUGGCGGGCAUGACGGCGUGGCUUCUUCUGGCGCCUUUCCGUAAAGUUCUGCAGUCGAUCGACAGUGGUGCGUGGCGGCGGGACUCUCAGGUCAGGCCGAAACCAUUCAUCGCUCAGCUACAAAUGAUCCUCUUUUUGAUGGUUAACAUGAGGAAGGAACGAGAGUCUUAUGUGGAUCUUUAUCCGGCCAUCCAAGCCCUGAGCGAGCUGGGAGAGGAUUUUACCGACGUGAAGACUUUCUGGGAAGUGUUCCGAAGAUCAAUCGAGCUGGAGUUGGAGGGUGACAACCAAGCUUUGAAGGAAUUGAGCGCAAUCUUUGACGGCCCCAAUGGUCCUAUGGCUGUUCCUCCCUUAUCGGUUGAAAACGUGCUUGACAUCCAGCAAACACUCGGUCGGUCCCUGCGCGAAACCAAAUUCCGCGGAACCCUGCCCAACUUUCUGCCUCUUAUGUUGGCUCGCGACAAGUUUGACAAGACGACCCGCGAAUGGAAGUUGCUCCAUGACCGUGUCAUCUUGAACGAUGAGCUCGAUCUGUCAGAAUUUGUCGGCGAUGCCGAGCAUGCCAAGUACACGCUCUAUGGGUUCAUGGUUCAUGCUGGUGCAAGAAACUCGGGCAAGUUCUACGCGGUUCUGCGACCCAAUGGGCCAAACACGAUGUGGCUGGCCUUUGAGGACGGCGACGGGAAUCAAGUAUUUUCCUACAGCAGGAAGCGCCUUCAAACAUUUGAAGGUCUCGAGGGGCAGGCUUUGAAGGACUUCAACUCUACUCGAUCCACUGCUUACAUGGCCAUGUAUAUCAAGACAAGCCGCCUCGGAGACUAUCUACCCGGCGAUCUGGAACCCUACAAGCUGCCGAAUUGGCUUUCCUAUUACUUGACAUCCCCACUCCGGGAAGCUUACGACAUCUUUGCUGAAGAAGCCUCUUUGGCGCAAUCCGACGAGGUACAGGUGGAAGUCUACUCGGAUGAAGGUGUCAUUGGGAGAGAAGGGCUCCUCGACAUGUACAACAUCAAGCAACAGUCGCAACACAAGGGUCUUUUCCACAUUCUUACCUUGCCACGGAAGUCGACCUAUCAAGACCUAAGGCGUCAACUGGCGCGAAUGCUGGAACUGGAGACACCUGAAGCCAUUCGACUGUUUCUGAUGGGCUAUGGCGGCAUCGGUAACUACGCGACCGCUCAGCUGGUGGGCGUCAACCUGAAAGAUCCUGUUGACGAGAAGAGUACGGCAGGCGCGCCAAUAUGCUUGUGGAUGUCCGUCCUGAAAGAGAAGGAAGACCUUGAGGUUUUUGGGGAACCAGAUAAGCCCGAUGUUGAGGCGAUGGUACAACGGGCCGAAUCCAGGAGUGAUACGUCGGUCUCGGAAAGUGACGUCAACAGCACCGAGGAGCUGAUUGCUGCUCCUGACGCCGAACAAGCUUCGGUUCAGGCAGCGGUAAUUGCGGACCUCGCGCGCACCUCGAGCGGCGACCCUCAGCCUGCCACUGUCACGCUCGAGAUAAAUGACCAGGACACGACCAUGCAACUCGAUGUUACGACGCCAAUCGCCGAGGAACCCUUUUCUACAGACGUCCCUCAUGGCCACCUCGUCGAUGCAGCGGCGCACGAGGAUUUAGUGGCCCAAAACGCCUCGAGGUCUGCGACGUCGGCUUUGUCGGCUGCAGAAGAAGCUGUCAUUACUGCCGUGAUCGCAGGAGAUGCCGGAGUCGUUGAUAUCGGAAUGGAGUCAGGCUCCGAGACUACGGAUCCCCUAGGAUCACAGUCCAGCGAGUCGUCAUCACAGUCUUCAUCCCCACCGCCUGAGAGAGAAGAGAGGCCGGUUGACAACGUGUAUGGCUUCAUUCAGGUCUUCGAUCUGGAGAAGCAGAUGUUCCAAGUCGAGGGCACCUUUUUCGCAAGGACAGAUGACAAGGUCAGAGAGUUCUUGCAGAAGCGUCUUGGCUACAGUGUCGAAAAGAACUUUGCUGCCUGGCGUCGGCAAUCGACGGUCGACGGGACCAUCUUGGGGGCUGACGAGACGUUCCGGGAUGCCGGGUUUACCAAUGGCUCGGAUAUCGUCGUCUACGAACCCGCUUCGGAAGCUCAGAUCAAGAAGCUCGAGAAAGACGGCAAAUUCACUCAUCCGCACGAACUGUCCAAGUAUCUGCGAGCGGUUGACAGACGGCAUCCGAUCCAAUCCAAGACGACAGCCGAGCCUAUUGAAUUGGCCGAUUUUGGCACCGACUACUACAAAGGUCCACUCGUUAAUGGACGUUGCCAUGGCGCGCAUUGCCUGAGGAUCAGCUCGGCUGGCAACACGUAUGAGGGCCCUCUUGUAUGCAACGUCAAGUCGGGCAAAGGAGGCAAAAUGACCUACUGCAACCGUGACACAUAUGAAGGCGAGUGGCAUCUGGACGAGCGUCAUGGCCAGGGGACUUUUGUGGAAGCCCGGACGGGUAACAAGUAUGUCGGCGGCUUUGAGAACGGCAAGCGCUGGGGCAUGGGAACGACUUAUUGGCAGGUCGCCGACGAGCAGGCAGACCUGUGCCAGAUUUGCUACGGCAACGAGAUUGAUGCGUUGUUCUUCGAUUGUGGACACGUGUGCGCUUGUGUGGAGUGCGCGAAGCAGUGCGAGCUGUGCCCGAUCUGCAGGAAGGCGGUGAAGCAAGUCGUCAAGAUGUUUCGAUCCUAA